GGAGAACGUACGAAAAGUAGAACACUCCCGUUCAACAUCUUGCCGCGAUCUUUUGUCCUUCAAAUGAAACGACGAUCUUGAUGAGUUUUUCUUUUGGAAAAAAAGAUAAAAUUUUGAAUCGCCAAGAGGAUUCUUUUGUAUUUGUAUUUGUUCUGCAUCUGGUGCGUUUUCGACGACCGUGAAAGAAUCAAUUCUCGAUCCCGGCGCAUAAAGCUGCAAAUGCUAUUCAACAUCAUUGUGUGACCACAGUCCAUUUAUAAUUUUCCUACCCAGGUCUAAUUCUGUUCUACGCGAAGAGUUUGAUUUGAUUUGUUUUUUUUAUUUUUUCGUGCGAAACAAAUAUAGUUUUUAUCCCGGAAAUAAAAGCGAUUUCUUGUUUUGACAACUUUCACUUUCAAUAUUGUUAGACCCUAAGUUCCUCUCGCCAAACACACAUCAACAUGUCGGGCGUCCCAGAGAACCCCAAGCCAUUCCUGAACGAGCUCUGUGGCAAAAAGGUACUACACGACUGGAUUUAUUUACAGCACCUCAGCGUGCUCUGGAAAGGAAUUUGUAUUGCAGAAGUGUCGAAUGCAAAGAUUAUUGGCCAUGCACAACAUUGCAUGACAAACUAUCAUGUUAUGCAUAAAUAAAUCAGGUGAUUGUCAAGCUGAAGUGGGGAAUGGAGUACCAGGGCAUGUUGAGGUCAACCGACGCCUACAUGAACCUGCAUCUGUACGAGUCAGAAGAGUACAUAAACGGGGUCUUCAAGGACAAGAUUGGCGAGGUACACUGUUGUUUGUGAAGUUAUUCUUGCAUGACAAAAAUCGGCCAUUGUGUGUGGUUUGCAUGACAAGUUCCUAUACCUUGAUCGAGAAUUUGCCAUGCCAAAUACGAAUAAAUAACGGAAACCACUUUUUAUCACAGAUGUUGAUCCGGUGCAACAACGUGCUUUACAUCCGAGGAGCAGAGGACGACGAUGCGAUGAUGGAUAUGUGAUGCUUUUUUACCAUGGGUAGUUCUUAUUUUGCGCAUGACACAAGAACCGUAACCGUUUGACCACGAACAAGGGUUUUAUUGCGCAUAAUAGGAAAUAACUUUUUAUUCUAUCGACGACAUGUGACAUCAACGACAGUGCAAUAUUUAUGACAAAUCCUGCGGGUAGUUGUAGUGGGAACAAGUAGAUUGCAGCACGACCAAUUUCAACAUCUUGAGAACAAAGUCACUUCCUCGGGCAGGCACAGCACGACAAUGAAUGCGGCAAUAUAAUAAGACAGUUUCACAGAGCAACAAAUUUCCCAGAAGCUGCAGCAUUCACGACCUUACGCACAUCAAAUAAGAUACUUAGUUGCAACAACACGGCGCCAAGGAAAAAUAAGCUACAGAAGGCUCAUUCAUUGUAAAAGCACAAAAAGAUAAUUUUUUUGUCGAAGCCUCGCAGUUGUUGUUGUUCCUGCUUUCCCCGAGGGGGCUCCUGUU